AUGAUCCUCCGUCUAUUGACCCUCUCACUAACUGCCACCUCUUCCCUAGCGUUUGGUGGUAAGUCCGAUGAGACUACAGCGGCUCCUACUCCUGACGUGGCGACUACCCCUGACGAGUACUGUGAGGAUUAUUGCUCUGAGACUUCGGGAUGUGGACAGUCCUAUUGCAAGGCGGAUGGUCACUGCUUUGGACUAUAUCACAAUGGUGACUCGAAGUGUUAUCAGUCCGAUGACGAGGAAAAUACUUGCGACUCGUUCGAGCCCGUGAGAUGCCUCGAAUCCCCGCCGUCGACCUGUGAUGAUGCUUGUUCCUCCGUUGAUAGUUGUAGGACCUCUGAACUUGGAACCUACUGCAAGUUUUGGUUGGAUGAUCCAGUGUGUUAUGGCAUCCUCAAGAAGAAUGACGGCAGUUUGUGCUUUGUCGCAACUGAUGAGGCAUGCGAGGGUGAUCCUUACCCCUGCGGUUCCCAAACUGAGGCUCCAGUCGAGACCACUGAAGCUCCGCUCGAGACCACUGAAGCUCCUGUAGAGAUCACUCAGGCUCCGGUCGAGACCACUGAAUCUCCGGUCGAGACCACUGAGGGUCCAGUCGAGACCACUGAAGCUCCGGUCGAGACCACUGAAGCUCCGGUCGAGACCAUUGAAGCUCCGGUCGAGACCACUAAGGCUGCGUUCAAGACCACUGAGGCCCCGGUCGAGACCACUGAGGCUCCGGCCGAUACGACUGAAUCUCCGGUCGAGACCACUAAAGCUCCAAUCGAGGCCACUGAAGCUCCGGUCGAGACCACUGAAUCUCCGGUCGAGACCACUGAAUCUCCGGUCGAGACCACUGAAUCUCCGGUCGAGACCACUGAAUCUCCGGUCGAGACCACCGAGGGUCCUGUAGAGACCACUGAAGCUCCUUUAGCAACCACUGAAUCUCCGGUCGAGACCACUGAAGCUCCUGUAGACACCACUGAAGCUCCAGCCGAGACUAGUGAGGCUCCGGUCGAGACCACUGAGCCUUUGGUCGAGACCACUGAAUCUCCGGUCGAGACCGCUGAGGGUCCAGUAGAGACCACUGAAGCUCCUGUAGAGACCACUGAAGCUCCUGUAGAGACCACUGAAGCUCCUGUAGCAACCACUGAUGCACCGGUCGAGACCACUGAAGCUCCGGUCGAGACCACUGAAGCUCCUGUAGAGACCACUGAAGCUCCUGUAGCAACCACUGAAGCUCCUGUAGCAACCACUGAUGCACCGGUCGAGACCACUGAAGCUCCGGUCGAGACCACUGAGCCUUCGGUCGAGACCACUGAGGGUCCAGGCGAGACCACUGAGCCUUCGGUCGAGACCACUGAAGCUCCUGUAGCAACCACUGAGUCUCCGGUCGAGACCACUGAAGCUCCUGUAGAGAUCACUGAAGCUCCAGCCGAGACCACUGAAGCUCCAGCCGAGACUAGUGAGGCUCCGGUCGAGACCACUGAGCCUUCGGUCGAGACCACUGAAGCUCCUGUAGAGACCACGGAGGUUCCGAUUUAG